AUGGAAGAUCAAGAAACGGUUUUCUUUGAUGUGAAGAUUGGAGACAAAGAUGUUGGCAGAAUUGUAAUCGGAUUGUUUGGAAAAGUUGUCCCAAAGACUGUGGAGAACUUCAUUGCACUGGCAACUGGAGAAAGAGGUUAUGGAUACAAAGGAAGUAAAUUUCACCGUGUGAUCAAAGACUUCAUGAUUCAAGGAGGAGACUUUACAGCUGGAGAUGGAUCAGGAGGAAGAAGCAUCUAUGGAGAAAGGUUUCCAGAUGAGAACUUCAAGCUCAAACACUAUGGAAUUGGAUGGGUUAGCAUGGCUAAUUCAGGCCCAGAUACCAAUGGAUCCCAGUUUUUCAUCAGUGUGACAAAGCCUUCCUGGUUAGAUGGAAAACAUGUAGUAUUUGGCAAAGUGCUUGAUGGAAUGUCUGUGGUACACACAAUAGAACUCCAACAGACAGAUGAACAUGACCGGCCCCUUCAAGACUGUGUGAUUGUGAACAGUGGCAAAAUAGGUGUAAAAGAACCAUUUGUAGUGGAAGUAAAUGGCUGGUGAGACCAACAGUCAAAAUGGAAAGUAAAACCCUAUCACUUCACUUUUAAGGCCUGUUUUUGACCAAUCUCAACUGUCCAUUGAGUUUUCUCUUCAAAAGAUGAAGCUGUUUAGACACUAAUUAUAAUUUUCCAAAUAUAUAUACUAUAUAUACUAGCAUUUCUCUAACAGCUUGAUGGAGCUGUCACUCCUUGAAAUUCAAGACAUAUCCCACUGAAUCCUAGAUCUCGCAGAAAAAGUGUUUAAUUAAAAAUUGUACAAGUACUUCU